UCAUCUUUAACUGCAUGGUGUCCAUGAUUUGAUGUUUUUUCAGUCAGUUAGUGUUGUGCGGGUAAGAGCAUUAGUUUACCGGCCAGCUCGACUAAUUUUUAGUGAUUGUUACUGUUUUUUUUGCGGAAAUUAGUGAUACUAGUGUUCUAAUUUCUUAGUGAUCAGUUUAGGUCCGUAUCGGCUAUCGACGUCGCGGCCAUGCUGUUAGGAACCCUGUGUUUCGUCCUCGUCGCCGCGAGUGUUUUCGCCGACGACGACACCACGUCCGGUCCGGUUUUUCUAAAGGAACCGCCGAAUCGUGUCGAUUUUUCUAAUACGACCGGUGCCGUAGUGGAAUGUAGUGCGCGCGGUAACCCCCCACCGGAUAUAAUUUGGGUGCGAGCUGACGGUAGCGCCGUCGGUGACGUUCCAGGAUUACGGCAAGUUCUGGCUAAUGGAAAUUUAGUGUUCCCCCCGUUCAGAGCUGAAGAUUAUCGUCAAGAGGUUCACGCACAGGUUUAUGCUUGUCUCGCUAAGAAUACCGAAGGUUCCAUUCACUCCAGAGAUGUCAACGUUAGGGCCGUUGUCAACCAAUAUUACGAGGCGGAAGUAGUAUCUGAAUACGUAAUACGUGGCAACACGGCCGUUAUAAAAUGUAACAUCCCUUCUUUCGUAUCGGAUUUCGUUAGGGUGGAAGCUUGGGUUGGUUCGGAUGGGUCCGUUUAUAAUUUUAACAACAAUUAUGUUGUGUCGCAAGCUUACAAAGCCAAUGUAAUGGAAGAAAGCGUCUUAAAAGGCAACACCGCAAUUUUCAAGUGCUUUAUACCGAGUUUCGUAAGCGAUUACGUCUACGUUACAUCUUGGUUGCAAGACGACGGGCACGAAAGUCAGGAAAUUCGUAACGACGGAACUUACGACAGCAAAUAUUUGGUACUACCCUCCGGCGAAUUGCACAUCAAAGAUGUCGGACCUGAGGAUGGAUACAAAUCGUAUCAAUGUAGGACGAAACACAGACUUACCGGAGAAACUCGACUUAGCGCCACCAAAGGCAGACUCGUGAUUACUGAACCUGUAACCGGCGUUGCUCCAAAAGUCAAAGAUAUCGAUGUGGCAAGUUUAAAGAAAGAAGUUCCUUUGAACACAGUCGUUCCUUUAAUUUGUACGGUACAAGGGUAUCCGUCUCCAACUUUCAGAUGGUACAAGUUCAUCGAGGGAACAAACCGCAAACAAGCCGUCAUCCUAAACGACAGAGUAAAACAAGUGGCGGGCACGCUUAUCAUUCGCGAAGCGAAAGUCGAAGACUCCGGAAAAUAUUUAUGCGUCGUUAAUAAUUCCGUGGGCGGCGAAAGCGUCGAAACUGUUCUAACUGUAACCGCUCCUUUGAAGGCCAAAAUCGAUCCACCGAUCCAGACUAUAGAUUUCGGAAGACCAGCUGUGUUUACAUGCAAAUUCGAAGGAAAUCCGAUCAAGACCGUCAGUUGGUUGAAAGAUGGUAAUCCGAUCGAUCACAGCGACCCGGUUUUAAAAAUCGAAGCCGUGAGAAAAGAAGACAAGGGAAUGUAUCAAUGUUUCAUUCGUAACGAUCAAGAGAGCGCCGAAGCAACGGCCGAACUGAAAUUAGGAGGUAGAUUCGAACCACCACAAAUUCGUCACGCUUUCAACGAAGAGACCGUCCAACCUGGUAAUUCCGUUUUUAUGAAGUGCAUCGCUUCCGGUAACCCCACUCCUGAAAUCAGUUGGGAAUUGUACGGACGACGUUUAGCGAAUAGUGAAGUGUACCAAAUCGGUCAAUACGUUACGGUGAAUGGCGAUGUAGUGUCCCAUCUCAAUAUAAGUGCUAUUCACACAAAUGACGGCGGUUUAUAUAGGUGCGUGGCUAGUAGCAAAGUCGGUUCAGCUGAUCAUUCCGCGCGCAUCAACGUGUACGGUUUACCUUUCGUUCGUAGUAUGGAAAAACAAGCGAUCGUUGCUGGAGGUACCCUCAUCGUACAUUGCCCGUUUGCCGGUCAUCCCGUAGAAGCCGUUGUUUGGGAAAGAGAUGGAAGAUUAUUGCCGAUAAAUAGGAAGCAGAAGGUAUUCCCAAACGGUACCCUGAUCAUCGAAAAUGUUGAGCGAGCAUCCGAUCAAGCUACUUAUGUUUGUGUGGCUAAAAAUUCGCAGGGAUACAGCGCCAGAGGAUCUUUAGAAGUUCAAGUAAUGGUUAUACCACAGAUUACUCCAUUUUCCUUCGGAGACGAAUCUAUUAACACCGGAGAUUCGACUUCCACGUCUUGUUCGAUCCACAAAGGAGAUCUACCCAUCAACUUUUCUUGGUUACACAACAAUAUCAGUUUGGGUUACAUGGACGGCGUGGUUAUAACUAAAGUAGGCAAGAAACUCAGCACGGUUACUAUCGAUUCUGUAAAGGAAAACCACGCAGGAGAAUUUACAUGCAUUGCCGAAAAUAAAGCGGGUGUUGUUAGGUAUUCGGCAUACUUGAAUGUUAAUGUACCACCAAGGUGGAUAUUAGAACCUACCGAUAAAGCUUUUGCUCAAGGUUCUGACGCUGUUGUUGAAUGUAAAGCUGAUGGUUUUCCUAAACCUACUGUGACAUGGAAAAGAGCUACUGGUGUUUCUCCUGGAGAUUACAAAGAUUUCAAACCGAACAAUCCAGAUAUUAAAGUCGAGGACGGCACUUUAACUAUUAAUAAUAUCCAAAAAACAAACGAAGGAUACUAUUUAUGCGAAGCCGUCAACGGAAUUGGAUCCGGAUUAUCGGCCGUCAUUUUGAUUAGUGUUCAAGCUCCUCCCCAAUUCGACGUUAAAUAUCGCAACCAAACAUCCCGAAGGGGAGAUCCGGCCGUACUACAAUGCGAAGCUAAAGGCGAAAAACCGAUCGGUAUCAUUUGGAAUAUAAACAACAAACGUCUCGAACCUAAAGGCGAUAAUCGUUAUACCAUCAGAGAACAAAUACUACCCAGUGGCGUUCUCUCCGAUUUAAGUAUUAAACGUACCGAAAGAGGAGACUCUGCUAUAUUUACGUGCGUAGCAACAAACGCUUUCGGUAGCGAUGACACCAACAUCAACAUGAUCAUUCAAGAAGUACCCGAAGUCCCGUACGGACUCAAAGUUUUGGAUAAAUCUGGAAAAACGGUGCAAUUAUCGUGGGUUUCGCCGUACGAUGGUAAUUCUCCGAUUAAGAAGUUCUUAAUAGAAUAUAAACCGAGCAAAGGUAGUUGGGACAAAAAUUCCGAAAAAGUACUAAUCCCAGGCGACCAAACCGAAGCGGGUAUCUUCACUUUACGUCCAGCUACAACUUACCAUAUCAGAAUUGUCGCCGAAAACGAUAUCGGAUCCAGUGAUCCUUCCGAUACCGUGACUAUCAUAACCGCCGAAGAAGCUCCAAGCGGACCACCGACUGCAAUAAGAGUCGAAGCCGAAGAUCAACAUUCCCUAGCCGUGUUUUGGAAACCACCGUUGAGAGAUCAUUGGAACGGUGAUAUUCAAGGUUAUUAUGUCGGUUAUAAAUUGGCGGGAGCUGAUAAACCUUAUUUGUUCGAAACUGUUGAAAUUCAAAGGGAAGAUGAAGCUAAGGAACACACUUUGAAGAUUUGUAACCUCAAAACAUACACACAAUACUCUGUAGUAAUUCAAGCGUUUAAUAAAGUUGGAGCCGGUCCUACGGCAGAAGAAAUUAAAGCAAACACCGCCGAAGGUGUACCUGAACAACCCCCAGAGAAAGCCACCUGUACCACACUAACAGCCCAAACUAUUAGAGUGUCUUGGGUUUCCCCACCGCUCACAUCCGCCAACGGCGUUAUCAAGGGAUACAAAGUUAUCUACGGACCUUCUGAUUCAUGGUUCGAUGAAAAUAGCAAGGAUACAAAAAUAACGGCAUCCAGUGAAACAAUCCUCCACGGUUUAAAGAAAUAUACGAAUUAUAGCAUGGAGGUAUUGGCUUAUACUUCAGGAGGAGAUGGAGUUCACACAACUCCAAUUCAUUGUCAAACUGAACAAGACGCACCCGAGGCACCUACGGCUGUCAAAUCGUUAGUAAUGUCUGACGAUUCUAUAUUAGUUAGUUGGAAACCCCCGACGGAACCCAACGGAAUUAUAGAAUACUACAUGGUGUAUUACAAAGAAACCGGUAGCGACGAAAAACCCAAAUCUCAAAAGAUAGUACCAAAUUUGAGAAACCAGAAUCUCAGUUAUCAAGCUAAGAAUCUAGACAGUAACCUAAAAUACGAAUUUUGGGUAACGGCAGCUACUACCAUAGGUGAAGGACAACCGUCUAAAAAAGUUACCGUUUCUCCAAGUACCAGUGUUCCCGCUAAGAUCGCCUCAUUCGACGACACCUUCACGACCACUUACAAAGAAGACGUAACUCUACCGUGUCUAGCUGUAGGAGUACCGACACCGGUUAUAACGUGGACUAUCAAAGGCGUCAAAUUUUCCGCUAAUACCAACGAUAGAGUUAGACAACACCCCGACGGUUCCCUUUUCAUCCGCGAUAUAACUCGUACUGAUGCAGGGGAAUAUUCCUGUAAAGUCGAAAACGACUACGGGCAAGAUUUCGUAACCCAUCAUUUAAUUGUAAACGCACCACCUAACGCUCCGAUAGUUCAACUCACUUCUACCACCACGAAUUCGUUGACGAUUAAAUUGAAACCUCACGAUACUGACGGAGAACCCAUUCACGGUUAUACCAUCCAUUACAAACCGGAAUUUGGAGAUUGGGAAACUAACCAAGUGGGACCUAACAUAGAUAAAUAUACAAUCGAAAAAUUAUUGUGUGGUACUAGGUACCAACUGUAUGUUACAGCUUACAACAGCAUUGGAACCGGUGAUCCGUCUGAUAAUUUGACCCCAAAGACCAAAGGAGAAAAACCAAUAAUCCCAAGCGCUGAAAAAUUCAUUGUAGUGUCUUCAAACAGUAUCACUUUACACUUGAACGCUUGGUCUGAUGGCGGUUGCCCCAUGUUGUACUUUGUCAUCGAACAAAAGAAAAAAAAUAGCAACGAAUGGAUUCAAGUCUCCAAUCACGUCAAACCUGGUGGAAACUUCGUUCUGCUCGACUUGGAUCCGGCUCAAUGGUAUCAUUUGAGAGUUACGGCUCAUAAUAACGCAGGAUUCAACGUUGCCGAAUACGAAUUUGCAACACUUACUGUUACUGGAGGUACUAUUGCUCCGGCGCGUGAAAUACCCAAAGAGGACACCAUACAAAUAAUCCUUGCCAACCUUAACCUUGUAGUACCCGUAGUGGCUGCAGUAUUGGUCAUAAUUGUUGCCAUAAUCGUGAUCUGUGUCUUACGCGGCAAAGGAAACUAUAAUAAAGAUGACGUCGUUUACAAUCAAUCUUGCAACGCGGCUAAUACAUUGGACAAACGACGCCCCGAUUUAAGAGACGAACUCGGUUACAUCGCGCCACCGAACAGAAAACUACCGCCGGUUCCUGGAUCGAACUACAACACUUGCGACAGGAUCAAGAGAGGUACAAUAAGAGCACAUUACCGUUCUCAUUCCACUUGGGAUCCCAGGAGACAUUUAUACGAAGAACUAAGAAGUAGGAGGGGUUCAAAUGAGACUGUUCAUACUCAUAGAGGUAUGGAUGACGAAAUAUGUCCUUAUGCUACAUUCCACCUUCUUGGAUUCCGUGAAGAAAUGGAUCCUACCAAGGCAUUACAAUUCCAGACGUUCCCCCAUCCCCAUUCUGGUACUAUAGGUCCCUCUGGAAUGACGACACCACACGGUCUACAUUCAAGAAACGGUUCCCAAUCUAUGCCACGACAAAACAGAAACAGAUACGAUAGAGUAGGAUCUCAAGGUAAUGGUAGCAUUUAUUCCCCCGGUCCGGAAUACGACGACCCGGCCAACUGUGCCCCCGAAGACGAACAAUACGGAUCCCAAUACGGUGGUUACGGCGCCCCAUACGAUCAAUAUGGUAGUCGAGGAUCAAUCGGUCGUCGUUCUUUAGGUUCCUUGAGAAUUCCUCCAGGUAAUAGCAGUCCCGAACCACCACCUCCACCACCAAGAAAUCACGAUCCAUCUUUCAACGAUUCCAAGGAUAGCAACGAAAUUUCGGAAGCCGAAUGCGACAGGGAUCAACUUAUCAACAGUCGGACGUAUGGCGUAAUGAGAGGUAACUCGAAGGAUGGUAUGACCCAUGAAGAAAUGCGAAAACUGAUAGAGAGAAACGAAACAGGGCAAACCUGCUCAGCAAACGGGGGACUCUCAGCCUACGAUACUAUGGCAGUGUAACCUGUGAAAGGAAAACGGCCCCUACUAAUUCAGUUUUGAAGAUCACACUACAAAUUUCUUUUUACUUCGUCUACAUAACCAAAUUGAUUUAUUUCAAUAAUUCAACACUUUGUGUCAGCAAUAAAUACUCACCGAAAAUUUUUUGAGACUGAUUGCUUCAUCAUUUCCAUAAUUAGCACAAAUUUGGUAGUAUUUCUUUCAUUUUUUUAGUGCUUUGGAUCUUCAAGUGAGUGUUUGUUGCAGAUUUUUUUUUAUCGUAUUGUAGUUUGACGGAGAAGUGACAGUGAUGUGGUUUUUUUCCAAAAAUAUCAAAUUAACAAUUUUAAAAAAGGCAAACCGCCAAAACGGGGCGUUGAAAACAAAAAAUGUCACAACUAUUACUUCUCCUUUUUCGUCUUUAAUAUUUUAUACCAAAUUUUAUGAUUAGAUUGCGAUUCUCUUUGGGCCGAUAGAGCCGCUAUUACGAAUACGUACACAUUUUGCCAAUAUUUUGGUAAUUAAUAGGAUUUCGAGUUUUUUUUUUGUACAGAGUGGCUCAAUGUGUCAUGUGAUAUUUUGUGGUUUGUGAAAGGGUGGACGUUGGUUUCUUUUUUGGUCUACAGGUGGUGCCAAAAUUCAACAAAAAAUUUAAACAUCUCUAAAUUAGUCGACCAGGCUGUAAUAGAUCAAAUAUAACAUGCGAAGCGUUGUACCUAACUCAUAUUACAGUAAAUUCACUCAUAUUUGCUGUUUUUUCUGUUGCUCAAAAGAACUAUUACCACAAUCAUUAAUAAAUAAUUGUACAAUAUAGUUAAAAAACGAUUUACACGAUUUACCCUACUGAGAUAAGCUCCGAAACAGUACCAAAAAUAAUCGCCCAGUACAGUAAAUUUCAAAAUAUGUAGGUAUAACUUCAAAUUUAUAUCACCUGGUAUAAUCAUACUGUAGGCUUUUUUAAGGUUAGGUAUAGCUUAUUGUUCGGUUUUUUGCUUAUAUGUUGUUUUCUUUUUUUAAUAGUUUGUAGUAAGUUGGCGAUAAGAUUUAGUUAUUUCUACCACAAAGAAGUUAGGUUAGUUUUUUACAUGAUAAUACUCGUCAACAAUGUAUGAAUUCGAUUCUAUGAUUAUUUUACAGUUGACUAGGACUGCAUAAAUUCUUAGUUAUGAUUAUUUGACAUUGACAUAAAGUCGAUAGAUUUAAAACUAUAAAGGUUGUAUUAAUCAACUUAAUACAUUGAAGUCCACGUAGUGAAAAUACUAAAAGAAGAAGAUAAGAUGUUGGAAUAAAACCAGUAAUUAUCACGUAAAUAAUUAACAUUUCUUUUACUAUAUUUCAUGUAGUAUUUUCAUUAUUAUACAUUGUUCGAAGGUUGUGCGUCGCCGACUUAUAAUUAAAACAUAUAUGCUGUGGCAAAAGUUUAUAUAGAGCUCUAAGAUGAGAGAUAAGUUGAUGGUUAUAAAAUUACCAGUCCAUAUAGCUAUUUUUGUCGUUUUUCUGCAUUAUAUUACCAAAUCAAACUUCUCUCAUCCACAAGGUGUCUUAUAAGUAGUGGAACAUGCUCUAUCAGUGAACGAUUUAUCUUUGAUUACUGUGUGUUCUAUUUCUCGUGAGUCGCCCUGUAUAUUUUUCUUUCUUAGGUAAGUCGAAAGUUAAAAUAAGUAUUUUAAUUUGCGAAAUUUAUGGAUAUAUCAAUGUGUUUAAAUUCGUGCAUGUAAACUAGUAGCUGUUCGAUAUAGAUACUCAAGAGUUAUUAAAUUAAGAGAAAAAUAGCAAGAAUUAUAAUUUCAAAGUUUAAAUAAUCCAGACAAAACGCCGAGUUGGUGUGUAAAAGUUUUUUUUCUCGUAAAACUUAUCGUAAUUAGAAACAAAAUGAGAUUUUCUCCAUUGUUAUAGCAUCUGAAUAUUUAAAUUUAAUCUAAACUUGAAAGUGGAGAUAUGAUUAAUGUUGAUUAUAUAAAGUACAAAUUGAAAAAAGAUCAUUUGAAAUAUAAUUUCGAGAUAAAUGUAAGAAAUUUUGAAAAUGUUUUUGAUGAAAAGAUAUCUGAGGGGGAAAGCUUUUUUACAUACCAUCUGGACUAAAUUAAUGUAUUUUAUUCAAUAACCUAAGGUAUCAGUAGAUUUAGUCGUAUCCUUAACAAAUUUACCGUUCUCAUGGCAUUUUAGACUCGCCUUCUUUAAUUUUUGAAAAUAUACAUCGUUUAUAUUGCUUGUUCAAUACAAAUUUUAUUGUUGUUGACUAAUCAUUACUGUUCUAGCUAGCGUACUAUCUUUUUGCACUUUUUCUUUAUUCUUUUGAAAUAUUUCGAAAUUCGUUUGUAUAAAUUUAAAUUUACAAUGUGAAAUACACCAAUUAUGGUAAGAGUAGCAGACACUUUAGCGACGAUAUUUCUUUAAAAAAAUACAAUUUCAAAUAAAAAAAAUUAAGAAUAUCUUUUCUUUUUAGCUAAACCUCAUUAAGUUCCAACUACAAUCUGUAAAUUUAAUAUCAUUUCAGGCCAAAUUGAUUCAGUAUUUAGAAGUACCACUAUCGUUUUAAUUUGAUUCAUUUAAUUAGUUCGAAUAUUAUUUUGAAUAAGCUAGCUAAGCAGAUUUAUCAAACAUUCAACCUCAUUUCCUAAUUUAUGCAUCCAGUAAUUUCAAGUUCCUAAAUAGUUUGCAAAGUUUAGCUGACAUAGAUCUGGUGUACAUUUGAUUAUUUGUCAUUUUUUGUGUAUUGAGCCCUAGUCAUCAGAAUCAAUUAGUUAACUAUCUUUCAAACGUUCGAAAAGUGGCAAAUAAUGUUUUUUCUUUUUGUGAUAAUGCAUUAAAAUGGUUUGGAAUGCCAUUUACUAAGUGUAUUGUAAGUGUGCUAUACAUAUAUAUCCAUUAGAAUUAAGUGAUUAAGUUAAGGGUAGUAAUGUAUCGUCUAUAGUUGGAAAUAUUAACCGUAAAACCACCUUUUUUCAGUAUUUAUUGAUUAUAGAGUUAUUUUAGAUAACUUUAUUUUCUAUCUAUCUUGUGUCAAUGAAUUUUUGAGAUACAGACAGUUCUUUAAGACAAAAUUGGGAUGAAAAGUGAAAAUGAGAGUUUUUAACUUAGAUUUCUGAAAUUUUAGUCAAUUUACCGAACAGUUUUGAAUUAAACCCACACAUUUCCUGUUUAUUUUUGAGUACAAAUGAUAUAGGAACAAGUUUUCUAUUUGAGAUAAACAAAUGAUUUAUGGUGUUUGAUUCAGAAUGAAUCAAAAAUUUUCUUACACAUUUGGGACUCCUGUCUUAUUAGUGUAACCUUUUAACCGCCCUGCCAAUUUAAAAAGAACACUGAUUACAUAUGGGCAUCAUAAUUUUUUAUAGGGAAGAAUCUCGAAUUAAGGGUGAAAAUUUUCUGAAGCCCUGGGAGACGUCCUGCCAACAUUAUUUCCGAUUGUUUUGAACCAAAUUUGUUUGAUUGGUUUAAUUAUAACCAUUGUAAUCCUACUGUCAAAAAAAAUUGUUAAUAAAAUAGAUGAUAAAUAUAGCAGUAAUCAGAUCCAUUUUUUUCCAAGGAACUCAAGGAGUUUUCCAUGAAUCGUAAGUACUUUCUAUACUUUUUCAGUACUCCAAAAGGCAGGAAAUCGUGGAUGAACUAUGGUCCAAUAUCUCUCAGUCUUUCAAGUUCAGUAUGUAAACUAUUUUCCAUAUUGCAUAUCUGGGUUGUUAGUUUAAAUUUACUAGUAUAACACUUUGGAUGAUAUUGUACUACCAAAUAUAAUACUAUUUAAUAAAAUAACAUAUAAUAAUACUCCAUGUUCUAAUUGAUCUUAUAUAUACUAAUCCUUUUGUAUACAAUUUUUCCCAUUUAAACUCAUUAUUAUUAUUAUUAUGAUUAAUUUCAUUUGGAUUGUAGCGUUGAGAAGAUUUUGAGUGUGUUUUAUACAAGUUUGCCAUUUUGACACUCUUUAAUUUCUAAAUGCUUGUAUACCAAAGUUUUGGUUAAAUAUACAUAAAUAUAACUAUUAUUCCGCAUUUUUAUUUCGAAUAUCUAUACCAUCACUCAGGUGACUGACGCACAGAUGGCGCUGAUAUUGUCAAAUCCAUAUAACGUUUAUGAAGUACCAACUUUCAAAAGUCUAUGUGUCUAUGCCUCAAAACUUCAACGUAAAAAUUAUCGUUCACUCUCUGAGGAGGGAAAAAUUCCAUGUGAUUAGAACCCCGAGUAUUAAAGUAAAUAAUCAACUUUGCCUUCACAUUGGAACUUGAUUUUCGUUCGUUUUAAGCUAGCUUCCAUCCCAUGCUUUUAGAUUGGAGCUCCACAUGGGUAAAACUAGAACUCUUCUCCAGUGAUGAUUCAGUUGAGGAAGUCCCCUGUUUCCUUUGCUUCUAACCAAUCCUUACAGCACUCAAUCUUGUUUGCUUUCUGUUCUGGAGUCAAGAGCUUCGGUACAAUUUUGACCCACAUUUCAAGUUUUUAUGUCAUAAUCGGUUUUGGGGAUUGACUAUCAUUCUGACAGUCAAUUUACGGUCUUUAAGACCACAAAUCCGAUUUCGUUUAAGUCUCUUUUCACUUCUUCUCAGCCUUCCUGGAACUUUUUUAACCACCAGAGAAUUGUUUUCGUAAACUUAGAUGGGAACUGAUCCAGAUAUUUCAGGUUUAUGAGA